AUGCCAGUGUUCAUCCUGCUGCGGUCCCUGGUUAUCAGGCUCCUCAGUAGCAAGCUGGCAGGUUCCCUGGCACAGUACCUCCGGAGAGGCCUCUCCACAGGCGCUGCACACCUUGGCUCAGCGCUGCGCUACGUCUGGGACCGCAUCCGAUCCCAGGAGUCCAAGGAAGCCGUCCUGGGCUGCGUGCUGUGUGUCCUCGGCAUGGCCAAGAAGGUGGAGAAGUGA